AUGGCCACUGUAACACCAUCCCUUGGACCGAUUCUUGGGGCUUUUGAACUUGGUGUCCUGUGCUCUUCGAUUCUCUAUGGGGUUAUGCUUGUGCAGUCCUACAACUACUAUCAGUUGAAAUUCAACGACAGUCUUUUCAUCAGGCUCAUCCUACACGCUGUGCUGGUUGCAGAUACUGCACACAUUGUAUUUCUAUACAUUGCGAUCUAUCAAGCUACAAUCAUCCACUUCAGCGAUCUCACCGCCGCUCUCAGGGCCUCAUGGUCCCUAAGUUUCUCCAUCACAAUAUCCGUUGCCCUGGCAUCUCUUGUACAACUCUUCUUUGCAAGACGCCUACAUGCCCUGGCCCACAGCAUUUGGGUACCGCUCAUAUCAGGAGUCGGGAUCCUUGGGCACAUGGGAAUGGCCAUCCCUGUGAGUGCUGUGCUGUACAAAGAUGGCGAUCUGGCGUUGGUGGUACAGAGAUAUCAGCCUCUCAUCUUCGUCGUGCUCUCUCUUGGAGCGGCGGUUGACUCGUAUAAUACGAUUUGUUUGUGUUGGUUCGUAUACAGGAAUAAGGCUCCGCACCGCCAGACGCAGAGAAUUCUUGAUAAGCUUGCCAUUUGGACUAUAGAAACAGGACUCCUCACUAGCAUCUCCGAAUUGAUAAUGAUCUCUCUGGUUGCGAGCAUGCCCACUAGUGGGAUAUUCCUAUUCUUUAUGACGACAAGCCCCCGCUUAUACUCCAACACCUUAUUGGCCUCACUCAACGGUCGUGCCAGCCUUUUCUCGUCCAACGAUAUCAUGACAAACAAUAUUACCACCAUCGUAUUUUCGAGUAAUGGAGCCAGAACAACUAAACCGGAGACUCAUGAGGUACAUAUUAAUGUCUCUCACAUGGGCAAUGAACCGAUGUCUACUCCAUCAGAGAAUAACCUCGAGUUAUCGGAUUUUGAGGCUCAGAUGGAAAGCGAUGAAAAAUAA